GGUAACGAUUAAUUUGCUGAUAAUCAAUUUUUGUGCGAAAUUUUCUAAAGGUGACUUUGAACUGAUUAUUUUCCAUACGGGGUGUAUACACGCAAGAUAUGAAGAGACGUUUGAGCCGAGAACUGGAAAAAAUUAUGGGGGAGUAGACAGAAUGGCCCAUUUGCUGAAAGAUGCAAGAGAACAAUACAAAUCUGGUGAAGGCCCGCCUGUUCUAUACUUAGAUUCUGGUGAUAUUUUUAGUGGUAGUAUUUGGUUUUCCGUUCAUUCGUAUCACGGGGUAGCGAAGAUAUUGAACGCAUUACAACCCGAUGCUUUCAAUAUCGGAGCCCAUGAAUUCGACGUUAACAUCGAGGGUUUAGUAAAUUUUACAAAUCUCGCCAAAUUUCCAAUCGUCAGCACCAACCUGAUAUUCCAUGCUGAACAAGAAUUAGAAAGAAAUAUAAAACCGUCAGUGGUUAAAGUAGUGGACGGUUAUAAAGUGGGAAUUCUUGGUUAUAUUCUACCAGAAAUGAUUCUUUGGUCGGAAAAAGGAAAUGUGGAGGUUCUCGACGUCAUAUCAGCACUAAAAACAGAAUGUCUUCGAUUAAGAGCACAAGAUGUGAACGUAAUCAUCGCUUUAAGUUAUGGUAAUUUUGAAAUCGACAAAACAAUAGCUUCUGCAGUUUAUUUUAUCGAUGUGAUUAUCGGUACUGGUUCAAGAACGUUUUUGUGGAAUGGUGUACCGCCGGAUUUAGAAGUUCCUGUUGAUUCUUAUCCCUCAAGAAUCACAAGAAGGGAUGGCUCAUUGGCGUUAGUUGCCCAUUCCGAUAUGUAUUUAAAAUAUGCGGGAAAAAUUAAUUUGCGAUUUACAAAUGAUGGUACGAUUAAAAGUUUUUUUGGAUCCCCAAUAUUAAUGGAUUCAAAAAUUUUGCAAGACGCAGAUAUGGGCGCAUUAAUUGAAGAACUAAGGAAAGAUGUUUUAUGGUACGAUCAAAAAGUUUUGUCGACUUGUAGCGUUUUCUUGGAAGGCGCAACUUGUCACUAUGAAGAAUGUAAUUUCGGAAACUUGAUUAUGGACGCUAUUAUUGAAAGCAGAGCGAGUAAAUAUCAAGGUCCUGGAUGGACGGAUGCCGCAAUUGCAUUAAUGAAUAGUGCAUCAUUAACCACAAACGUUAACAGCCCACAAAACGAUAACAAAAUCUUUUACGGUGAUAUAAUGAGAGCUUUGCCAUAUUCCGAGAUGCUUUACAUCGUUGAAAUUAAGGGAUCCGAUCUUUUAUUUGUCUUGGAAGUUAGUACAGCCGGUUUAGAUGCAUCAAAAUCAAAUCAAUUUCUUUUAAUGGCUGGUUUAAAAGUUAUGUUUGAUUUUAAGAGUAGUUUUGGAGAAAGGGUCAAAUUGGUUAAAGUUAGAUGUGCUGAAUGCGACAUCCCGGAAUAUUUUCGUUUAGAUCUAGAUAAACGUUACAAGGUGAUCAUUACCAGCUAUUUAUUGAAAGGUGGAAGUGGAUUCACGAUUAUCCGCGAUGUUGUUUGGAAUCCGGUUUCUAUUGGUGAAAGAGAUACCGAUGUCAUGAUUCAAUAUCUUCAAAAAGUUAAAUAUGUUAUUCCGGAAGUAGGAGGCAGACUGAUUCCUUACGAUAAGCGAUUAGAAGAGAGUAGUUUUAGUUUUCGUUCUAAUCUUUAUUGUUAUUGUUUUCUUUUAGUGUUCAUGAACUUUGUAAUAUGGUUAUUGAAAUAAAGAGACAACCU